AUGGCUACCAACGAAGACGCGCUUGCUGUUUUAGGGUUGUUGAUAGCCAUGAAAAAUAAUGCAAUUAAAAAACGUAAACGUAGACUGUGGUGUAAAAAUUGGUUACAAAAAAGAAACGAAUAUUCUCACAUUAAUCUGUUGACCGAAUUCAAGUUGUUUCCGAAAGACUGGCAUAAUUAUUUGCGAAUGGACGAAGAAACGUACUUCCAACUUCUUUCAUUAGUGACACCAUUCAUUAAAAAAAAAGAUACAGUUAUGAGGAAAUCAAUCUCCCCACACGAAAGGUUGACAGCAACUCUCAGAUUUUUAGCUACGGGAAGAAGUUACGAAGACCUUAAAUUUUCAACUAUUAUAUCACCACAAGCUCUUGGGUAUAUUAUACCUGAAACAUGUGAAGCAAUGUACAAAGUAUUACAUAAAGAUUACUUAAAGUUUCCACGAACAUCAGAAGAAUGGAGAAAUAUUUCUCAACGUUAUGAGAAAAAUUGGAAUUUUCCGCAUUGCCUAGGGGCUAUGGACGGAAAGCACAUAAGCAUUGUUCCUCCAAGUGGAAGUGGAUCGGAGUUCUUUAAUUAUAAAGGCCGUCAUAGUAUGGUUCUAUUGGCAAUAGUCAAUGCAGAUUACCAAUUUAUAAUGUGCGAUUUCGGAACGAACGGUAGAAUUUCGGAUGGUGGUGUUUUAAACAACACGAAAUUUUAUGAAAAAUUUCAAAAUGGAGAUUUAAAAAUUCCAGACAUGGAGACAGUCAAAGAUACUUCUAGAAAGCUACCAUACGUGUUUGUGGCAGACGAUGCAUUUCCUUUGCAGAUAAAUAUAAUGAAACCAUUCAGACAAGCUGCUUUAGUUUCUAUUGAAAGAAAGGUAUUCAAUUAUCGGUUAUCACGGGCAAGACGUAUUGUCGAAAAUGUUUUUGGUAUCAUGGCAGCAAGGUUUAGGAUUUUCCACACACAAAUUAAUUUAGAACCGAAAAAUAUUGAUUCUAUUGUUAUGGCUUGUUGCGUACUGCAUAAUUUUUUAAUGAAGUCAGCGCCAAACACAUAUGCACCUACAGAAGUUUUGGAUCACGAUGAUAUAGAAAAUGGAAUAACAACUUUUGGGCUUGAUUCACAAGAUUCAAACAUGGAUAGACUAGACCGAAGAACGCAAGGAAACACAAACAAUGCUGCUAAAAACGUUAGAGAAGAUUUUAUGAGUUACUUUUCAAAUGAAGGAAAAGUUCCCUGGCAACUUAACUUUGUUUACUAA